UAGUAAUAUAGCCAACUCUGACGAUUGAUUAGCACUUCAGAAUUUUCGAGCAUCAUUCUUUCGCGGAGAGUUGAUAUAGCUGGUGACGUGUGGACGUUGUAGCAAAUAAUAUAUUACUUGACACGAUAUUGUCCAAUUUACUAUGUCGACAUGCUACAAAUGUGGAAACGAAGGUCACUAUGCUAGAAAUUGCACAGAACCAUCUAGUACUGAAACUUCACAAAAAUCUGAUAAAGAAUGUUAUCGAUGUGGUGAAGUUGGUCACUUAUCACGUGAUUGUUCUAAGUCUAGCUCUGGUGGUGGUAGUGGAAAUUUUGAUUCUCGUACCUGCUACAGUUGCGGUAGAAGCGGCCAUAUUUCAAGAGAUUGUACUCAGCGCGGUGGGCGUAAAGGAAAACAGCGAUGUUAUCGAUGUGGCAAAGAUGGCCAUUUUGCUAGAGAUUGUGAAGGUGAAGAGGAAAUGUGUUAUACCUGUGGUAAGGCCGGACACAUUAAGAAGGAUUGCCCAGAAAGUGAAUCUUUCACUUCUUCUACCAAUGAACAGGUCUGCUACCAUUGUAACAAACCAGGUCAUUUUGCAAGAGAAUGCGCUGAAAAAGAUGAUUCAAGUCGUGAACGUGAUGUAACAUGUUACAAAUGUAAUGAAAAAGGUCAUUUUGCUCGUGAUUGUCAUAAUAAAAGUAAUGAUAAAAAGAAUGGUAAUACAUGUUUCAAAUGCCACCAAGUUGGUCAUUUUGCUCGUGAUUGCACAGAAGCUGAAGACGACAGCUAAAUUUAAAAAGAACGUCGCUGGCUGGUUUAAUCUGUGUUCCGAUUGCAUUGUUACAUAAUAGAAGAAUAGAAUGACUCUAAGUUGGUCAUUGAUGAUUCGGUGUUUGAAAAAUAGAUUCUGAGUUUCUGUGGUGAUGAUGCUUAUUUUUUACUAAGAUUAUUAGAGAGAGAUAAGUGAUUUGAUGUGUUCAUUUGUAUUUGUAAAGAUACUAAUGAAUAUAAGCCUGAAAAAAGUGAGUGAAAAAAGGUAGCCAUAAUCUUCACUGUGUUGAAAAUAUUAGUGUUACCAGAGUUGUAAGAUGUUGAAUUUUUAGCUUGGCAUGAUAUAAAUUAGCAGACAUGAAGUAUUUGAGAUAUUGAAUUGUUUGUUUUCCUAAAAGCUUUUUGAUUCUUCUUUCUAUUUAUUUUAAAUUGAUUAGAGUUUUAUAAUUUUUUAAGGGAGUGAUGAGGACAUUGUCAGCGGUGUUAAUAUGAAAACUUGAAUUAAACAAAGUUCUAACUGAAA